CUCUGGGGGCAAUUUCUGAGGAUCACCACGUGUGGGCAUGACGAACACAAAGCCUAGAAUAGUAAAUAAUGAGAGGUGGACAAGAAAGUCAUAAAAAAGAAUGAGCAGAGUGCUAAAGAUGUGUGUCUGUGGUAUAAAUAUGAGGGGCAAAUGUGCAGUAGGAGCGGGACUGGCACCAAGGAAGACGCAGAGAGAGAGCACCACAGGUGGAACUGACUGGAUGACCACAGCGAGACGGUGACUAAAACCAGAAGACUCCGAGAUUCAGAGUAGAAUUCCAUCUUACUGGAAACCACAGGUAAGACACAACCAGGAGUUCAUAACAUCUGAUAAUGAAUUCCGUGCCUGUUCUCACUCAUCCAGGACGUCUGCUCCUAAUCUGUGAUGGUUUUGUUUCAGACAUGGCAGACACAGCAGGCGUACUCCUGGUACUGUUGCUGGUCCUCAGUGCUGGAGUGCCGUGUAAUUCGGUGUAUAACAGCGGGGAGUGCUUUUUCAACACUAAAGGGAGCUGUGAUCACAUGGGACAGACGUAUGGAAUUGGAGAGAGCUGGAUCACCGACGACUGUUUCCAGUGUGUCUGCAUGGAGCCCUUUGGAGUAGGAUGUUGUGAUUAUGGAUCUAAACCUGUUGACUAUCCAGACUGGUGUGAGAUCAUCCGGAAACCUGACUCGUGCAAAAGUGUCGCGGUGAUGAGAGCCAAUCAUAAACUUCCAUGUCUCUGGGGACGAGGACGUCUUAGAACAGCUGCUGGUCAACCAUGGAAAUCCAACAAUGACCCUAUGUUUUGAUUUGAGCAACGGCAACAAUUGAUGUUGUUGAAUUGAUGAAUAGCGAGUGAUUACAACCUUUACUUAACUUUGUUUUUAUUUAUUUCUAGGUAUUUUUCUCAGUGUUUCUGGUCUAUUAAAGAAUAACUCGACUUCAUUUUGUGAUGUUGUUUUUACAGUAUCAAAAUAAUCAUAGUUUACAGGAUAAUACAGACAUGUAGGUGGGAGUGAUUCAAUUCACAUUAUUUUAAUCUACCAGAAUAUGCUAAAGAUUAUUUAAGGGUUUGGUAUGUAUGGUUAGCUUGGCCACAGUUGCUACAUGUACGGUUCGGCAAAAACACAUCGGAUAGCAUGCUAUGUGCAUAUUGUCUUUAUUAGAGAGCAGUUAUUUUCCCCUGUGGCCGGGAUCAGAAGUAAACACAGUAAAGCAUCGGAAUAGUUGAAUCGAGGGGCAGGGAUUUUUAAAUGUGUACUUAGCACCAUCUAUCGGCAAAAGAAACGAAGCACUACGCUUAAUGCCAAAAUUACAAACAAUCUUCAUUUUGAUAUCAGAUCACCAAUUUCAAUUGUUCUUUAAAUAAUAUUCUCUCUAUUUAAAUAACAGUUCUUCAAAAAAACAGCACUUUUGCUUAAAAUUAUCCUCCAAAAUUAGCUUUGCUAAUUUUUAUGGCGCUAUUUGUUUUUAAUUUGGACAAAUACAUAAAUGCUAUUUAUCUCUCCGUCAACGUGUAAUUGU